AUGGGUUCACUUGCUACUAGUCAGUUACUCCUCGCUGGGAGAGCCGUAAAGAGCAUCGGGACGAUGGACGUGAGCUGCUGCCAGUGCGCGUUCGAGGACACGGCGUUCCUGGCGGGGACGUGCGGCGCGGGCUUCGCGCUCUUCAUGUCGAUGGUGGAGUACGUGCUGCGGACGCGCUGCGACUUGGCCGACCCUUGCGGACGCGCGGGCCGCGACGCGCCGCUGGUGCUGCCGCAGCUGGGAGACCCGCCCGCCGUCGACUUCAUCGUCGUCGGCGCCGGCGUCGCGGGCCCCGCGCUCGCCGCCCGCCUCUCGGAGAGGCAGAACUGGACCGUGCUGCUGCUGGAGGCGGGGCCCGAGGAGCCCACCGCCACGCAAAUACCGGCAUUCGCAGUCGCAGCGGAGAACACGGUGCUUGACUGGAACUACACGACCGACGUGCAGGAGCAGGCGUGCCUCAGUACAGGAGGCGUCUGCAGCUGGCCGCGAGGCAAGAUGGUCUCUGGAACUGGCAGCAUGCAAGGCAUGAUGUACACCAGGGCACACCGCAGCAUUUACGACGGGUGGGAAGCAGCUGGCAACGAAGGCUGGGGCUACGAUGACGUGCUGCCGUACUUUAUUAAAGCGGAGAACAACCUGGAGGCCGACCAACUGGAGGAAGGGUACCACGGCACAGAAGGACCACUCGUGGUGCAGCACUUCGCCAGCCACCCGCUGCUCUCUGAGACCAUCGUGGAGGCGGGAAUAGAGCUCGGCUACCGCACGGGAGACCUCUGUGGCAGCAACCAAACGGGUGUCGCCAUAGCACAGAUGAUGGUGAAAGACAGUCUCCGAGGUAGUACACCCAGGCUGUAUCUCAGGCCCGCUGCUGCCAGUAAUCCCAAACUUUACACUGGUAUAAACGCGCAUGUGACCAGAGUUCUUAUCGACCCUGAAACUUUGACAGCGACUGGCGUAGAAUUUCUGGAUAGUGAGAACAACCUGCAUACAGUAAUGGCCAAUAAGGAAGUCAUCCUAAGCGCAGGAGCCAUCGGAUCUCCACAGAUACUAAUGCUUUCUGGUGUUGGGCCACAGGCCGACCUCGAGGACUUGGGCAUCACAGUGCUGAAGAACUUGUCUGUCGGCCAGAAUCUGCACAAUCACGUAUCUGGUUUCGUGGCCUUUUUCAUAAAUGAUACAUCCUACCAGACACUGACCACAGAGGUGCUGCAAGACUUCAUCAGCAACCGCACUGGUCCGAUGACAGGUACAGGUCUGACACAGACGACAGGCUUCAUGCUUUCAAAGUACGCCACCGACGGCGUGCCCGACCUGCAGAUCUUCUUUGACGGCUUCAAUGCAGCUUGCUCCCGAUCGGGUCUGCCAGAAGAAUGCUCCAGCGGUGACGUGGGCGUCGACUGCGGUCGCCGUUACAUCGAUGCGCGACCUACUAACAUCAUGCCACGCAGUAAAGGUUAUAUGAAACUACGCAGCACCGACCCUCUCGACUACCCGAUUUUUCGACCCAACUACCUCUCUGAGCAGAUCGAUGUAGACAUACUGGUCGAGGGCAUCAAACUGGUGAUCAACAUGACACGGACGGAGGCGAUGCAACGCUGGGGCUUCGAGCUGGACACGACGGUGACGGCCGGCUGCGAGGACUACGAGUUCGCGUCAGACGAGUACUGGGCGUGCGUGGUGCGCUACAGCACCGGCGCCGAGAACCACCAGGGAGGCACCUGCAAGAUGGGGCCCGCCACCGACGACUCCGCCGUCGUAGACCCGCGCUUCCGGGUGCACGGCGUGGCUGGGUUGCGCGUCGUCGACGCUUCCGUCUUCCCGUACAUACCCAACUCCAACCCCAUCUCGUCCAUCGUCAUGUUGGCCGAGAGAGCGGCCGAUUUCAUCAAGGAAGACUGGCCCGAAGAAACGGAAGUCGUCGACAAUUCGUCGGCGCUUGGUGUCAUUAACAAUGGUCAAUUUAAAGGUAAGGGUCAUACACCGCCCGUCAUCAAUCCCAGAAAGUGA